AUGCCUCGCGAUCGUUAUCGAGCUCAUGACUCGGCCCAGGAUGAUGAUCAGUUUAUCAUCCUUGUCAAGGACAUUCCUCGUCAUUGUCGAUGGCAGGAACUCAAGGACAUUACCAGAAACUAUGGUGGCGAGCAUAGCUUGAAAGCCGAAGUCUUUGAACUUCUGGAUGGAAGCCAGAUGGGUCACUGCACCAUCAAAGGGAGAAGUGCGGCCAACCAAGUCUACGGUAUAUGA